GCACAAGAAGUCUGCCGAAGCAUGGUUGAUGUACAAAAAAAGAACGACAACGUUGUGGAAAUGAUAAAACGGCUUUCAUGCCACAGAUAAUAGAGUAAUGCCAGUUAUUUAAAUAAAAUACACAUUUUAAACAUAAUUUUACAUUACUGUAGCCUAUGCCCUUUUUUUAAAAUAAUUUUUUUCGUCGAAAAUUUUCAAUAAUAAUUUAAAGAAAACGCAAUGUUUUGCGUUCAUGAGAAACUGGAAAAUUUCACUGACUUUGUCACUUACUGUCUCACAAAUGUACAACUACGUAAACGUCUGCCUAAAACAUAAUAGCACUGUGGAUCAAAAUUAACUUGCACUUCAAUCCAUUCAAAUACGCACUUCCACCCAUAAGCAGUGUCAGUAACCACACAUAAGCAACUGCCUUUUAACACACCCACAUUGGUCAAAAACCCGCAAACUAAGUGUUUCGAAACAGUGUCUGCCUUGAUAUGAUGGUGAGCGGUACUAGGCACCGCGCCUGAAGAGACGUGAACGCUGCAGCUGAAUGUUGUCUGAGCGCCGGCGUGUUUUCUAAACACUAGUUAGACAAACGAAGCACGGCUUUCUACGUGGAAGAAAAGCAACAAAAAAACGAUCUGAAAUUGGAAAUCGAGAACUUAAUUAUUCAAGAGUUCCUCAGGCAAACAAAAACCGUGGAUCAGCAUGAUAUUGCUAAAAUCGACAUAAACAUCUCUCAAAGUAAAGCAGCCCUUUGUGUGUUUGUUUGUUUGUUUUUUAUAAUCUUGGUGCCACCGUUUAUAGUUGUUCUAACGUUAUAACUGUUCGCCUAGUCCUUCAUCAUGACGACAAAGUCCCGUGUCAUAUACUCUACCGGGAUUAUUAUCGCCCAGUUACUGAUAGUAACUGGAAUCGCCUUGGUUGUGACUCAAGUCUUCCAAACUCUUCUCCAUAACAUCGUCAAAAAGCAAAGCGUUUUGAAGGAAGGCGCCGAUGUUUUUAAAUCCUGGCAAAACCCUCCUCCCCCAGUGUACAUGCAGUACUACUUCUUUAACUUGACAAAUGCAGAAGCUGUGCUGCAAGGGGGGAAGCCGGCUGUUGAAGAGAUUGGACCGUACACCUACAGAGAGUACAGGCCUAGAGAAAAUGUGACUUUCCUUGAAAAUGGAACUAUGGUAUCAGCUUUAAGUCCCAAGACGUUUGUGUUUCGUCGAGAUAUGUCGUCAGGGGACCCAGAGGUCGACCUGAUAACGACAGUCAACAUCCCAGCUGUGGCUGUUAUGGAGCAAGUCAAAAGUUCCAUAAUCUUAAGUUCUAUUAUCUCAAUCGGGAUGCAGUCCAUUGGUGUUGACAUGUUCAUGACCCGUACCGUUCAUGAGCUUUUGUGGGGCUUCAAAGAUCCUCUUCUGACCCGACUUCGUCUGUUCAAACCAGAGGUCGAGGAAUACUUUGGGCUCAUGUAUAAGAAAAAUGGUACCAGUGAUGAUAAGUUUGUGUUCCGCACAGGAAUACAGGACUACAAAGACUUUGGUAAAAUUGUCUCCUGGAACGGUGAAAGCAAAAUGAAGUGGUGGUCCUCGAAUGAAAGCAACAUGAUCAAUGGCAGUGAUGGAAGCGCCUUUCACCCUCUAAUAGGAAAGAAUGAAUUGCUAUAUAUCUUUUCACCUGAUCUGUGCAGGUCUAUAUAUUUAACCUUUGAAAAGGAUGUGGAAAUAAAGGGUAUACCUGCCUACCGGUUUUCCCCCCCACCUGAAGUUCUUGCCAGUCCUGAAAUUAACCCUGCCAACGCUGGGUUCUGUGUACCAGCAGGACAAUGCCUGGGAACCGGAGUGUUAAAAAUUAGCGUCUGCAGAAAAGGAGCACCUGUCGUUAUCUCAUUCCCACACUUUUACCAAGCGGAUCAGAAAUAUGUUGAUGCAAUUGAGGGACUGUCUCCAAACAAAGAUGAUCAUGAAACCUUCCUAGAUAUUAACCCACUUGGUGGUUUCCCUGUGAGAGCAUGCAAGAGAGCCCAGAUUAACAUUUUAUUGGAUCGAAUUGUUGGUUUCCCAAAAAAUCUGAACCAGACUUUAUUCCCUGUGAUGUUUAUAAAUGAGAGCGUUGUGAUUGAUGAUGCAUCUGCCAAAAGAGUGAGGACAUUGUUGCUGAUUUCAACCAUUGUAACCAACUUCCCCUUAAUCAUUGUGGGGUUUGGAGCACUCCUGCUGGGUGUCCUAAUAAUCCUACUAUGCAGAUCCCGAAUGCAGAAGAAACCCACAGCAAAAGAAGAUACUGCCUACACUCAAGUCAGUGAGAAGCCAGAGGAAAGCUGUGAAAACAACUCUUGUGCAAAUAUUCAGUUGAAGACCUUUACAAGCACUUAAUACAUAAGGACACCCCAGAGCAAACAUUGAAGGAGGGCAAAACAUGGUUGGGUUGGAUUGGGGAGGGAAGGGUACAUUGGUUUGGUGGUGGGACAUUGCCAUAAUAAUUCUAACAAUCAAGACAUAACUUCCUUCUUUCAUGUUUUUUCACACAUUGCUGGUAAUGACCAUCAUUUUCUCAUUUCUAGAAUGUGCUCUGUGCGGCUAUCCGGAAGGACGGUGUUGCAAAUAGCUUAAGCAAGCUGCACCAUCUCCCUUUCGGUGGCAGUCUGCUUCGAACCACUUUUAAAAGCUGUUUGGAUUGAAGCAUGGAAAGAUUGACCUGUUUGUGUUCACGCUGCAGAGCUGGGAUUUGAGCCCAGUACCUACUGACUCUCAGCCCGUAGCCUUUACCAUUGGGCUACAAUGCAGAAUAGUAAUAAUGCAUAAAAUAGUUAAUAAAAUAAAAAAAUCUGGCAGAGCUGUAAACAACGCUGUGCUGCUACUUUCCUUUUUGAAGUUCUUCAGUGUCGGUAUACAAUCAGGGAUACCACAGAAUAAAUCCCAGUUCUGUUGGCAACAGUAUACUUUUCAUUGAGAGGUUCCUCUUUAUUCACAUCAAGCUCUGGGCUGUUUCUGUGAAAAUCGGAAAGCGGGCCAAAUACUGUUAAUCACGACACUUGUUAGAAAUUGUAUUUAUUAUUGUUAUUUUUUUUUUGUGUAACUUGCUUUACAUUUACGUGGCUAAAAUGAGUAUAAUGUAGGCAAUAGGCUUUUUCAGUUAGUUGUAUAAUUGUGAAAUAAUAUUGCUGUGAUGGACAUGCCUGUCUCCUGCUAGAUUUCUGAGGCACAGUUCCCGUGGGGAUUUGCAGUCCUUGUUUUAGAUUAGCUGCUGAUGGAACACACAACUUAAGAAUUCAGAGGUAUCUAUGGUAACCAUCACUGCUGUAUUUCCAUUGUGUGCCCAUAGAUACAGAAGAACACUAAGGCAUUACUAGGUGUGUUAAGCAACUGAGCAUCUCUGAGCAAUUUUUUUUUUUUAAAUGUACUCUGAGCUGCUCGGGGGGAGUGGACCUGAGCAUGCUGUUGAGUGGCUUUUUUCACUGAGGGGCUCACUUACUCUGCGCACCCACGAUGUACAUAGCCAGUAGUGACUGUGGAACUGUGUGUAAAGCACAUGAAAUAUAAUUUUUUAAAAACAUUUAUUUUUAUUAAAAUAAUCCCGAACACAGUGUAAAACAUGAAGUCCCAUACACAGGCAAAAACAUCAAUAAUAAUAAAUAUAUAUAAAUACUAAGAGCAGAGUAGUCCGAGCCAAUGAGUGGUAGGUUUCCGUGAAUGUGUGGCCAAUUGAUUUCAAAGUAAAGUGAAUGUGAUUUUUUUGUUUGUUUGGUUUGGCUGUUUCAGCUAAAUACAUUGCUUUACAACGCAUUUGUGAGAUUAUAAAUAAAGCAGGUGGGUUCUUAUUUCUUUGAACUUGUUAUAGGGGUGUGACUGUCUUUGGUUAUUACACCCCAGACUCAAGUACUCUCAGGUUAGCUGAGUGCUGACAUAGUCAGUGAAUAUAUCUGAGCCAGGGUUUUUAAUCCAUGAACUUUUGCACUGUGGGCAUUUUCUCCAACCAUUACAGCAGGCACAUGUCCUGUGCUUUCUAUAGUCAUUAAUUUCACUAACCCUUGUACAAUAAUACCAAUCUCUAUGUCUGUCUUUUUUCAGACAUAUUUGAGGUAAAAAUCUAGUUUUAUACAACUGAAAUUAUAUCAAUGAAAACUCGAUAAUACAAGAAUGGUGGUGUACAACCCAACACUGUAGGGUUAUAAGGCUGACCUUUAUUCUACAUGAAAAAAAUAUUACUUUUUGUAAAUGAUGGAAACUUUAAGACCCUCACAGUGACACAUAUCAAAGCGAGUGAUCUUAGUUUUACUAACUGUUACAGAUUAAAUAUGCUUGCAGUAUUAACUACAGUUACAAAUACAACAAAGGCCUCAAAGCAGGUUAAAACUCUUUUAUAGCAAUUGAUACAUUUGUAAUACUUUUUGUAUGAAAUGAGGUUUUGUUUUUGAAGUGUUCCAAUGUGUUACUAUGUAAGAUUCGAAGCCAUAAUACAUUUAUUUAAAAAAAAAAAGGGGGGGGGGGAGUUCUCAUCCUGACAUAUUAAAUAUGAGGGUCAUAGGCUAGGUGAGACACUAUAUUUCACACACAUUAGUCCAGGAUUUUUGUAUUGAUCAUAAAUGCUGACAAUGACCGCAGAUAGAGGUUGCUAAGCAGCACUUUUGUAGUUGGCACGGUAGAAAAGGGACCUGCUGUGCAGGAAGUGUACUUUGCCUGAAGCAAGCUGGUGCAUCACUUUGUUUUGGAAUGACAGUGAAUUAAUUCCUGGUGAGGCAUAGUGUUUCUGUGUGUGUGUGUGUGUGUGUGGGUGUGAUUAUUUUAACUCAAGCCUCAGACAGGGUCUGGAGGAUAUGUGGUAUUUCUUAAAACUGGUGGCGUUUGUCCAGUAUUUCAGUAAUUGGCGAUUUAUUAGGAAAUUAGUCAUUGUCACCUGUCAACAAAAUACCAGUGUACAGCUUGACUAUCUCAAUUAGUGUCUCUGUACUUCCAUUUCUAGUAUACAUGUACCUUGUGUGUGCAGGAUGAGAACUUUCACAUGAUCAAGUAUCAUUGUUGGUGUUUUUCUAAUCGUAAAUGUAUGCAAAAACAGCUAUUCCUUUACAUUUCAUAUACAGUGCAUACUGUAUGUGCUAUUGCUGGAAAAGACAAUCUUGGAGAUUGUACAUGUGGGCAAACGGUUUCAUUUUUGUAUAGGAUUUUCAAAUUUGUGUUACACUGAGUAUAUGUAAAUUUGUGAGUCAUGUGGUGGUAUCUAAAACAGAAAAUUGCAGAAAACAUUUGUUUCAAUGUCUAUUUUUGAACAAUUGUAGUGUUUCAAAUUACAAAACAAUAAAAAUCUUUUCAGUAUUGUGUUGACAUUAUUUUUUUGUUUGUGACAAUUCUGUAUCUUUUAUAAUACAUAGUGUGUGGUGUAGAAAGCUAAAUACAAUUUUUUGAUGUCUGUUAAUUAAAUACACUUCCAUACAGUGUCAAAGUGUGUCAGUUUAAUUACAAAGGGAUCUAAUUUGAGCGAUGUAACAUAACAAAAGACCAUAAAAAAACAAACUGACCUUAAAAAAAAAAAAAAAAAAACACACA